GGCCCGGCGCGCGGCGGGAGCGGCGCGUGCUCAGGCGAUGGGGAUGGAGCGCGCCGGGCCCGAGGCGGGGCCGCGGCGGGACGAGGACGAGGAGGACGAGGAGGAGGAGGAGGAAGGAUCCCGGGAGGAGGCUGAGGACGGAGCCGCGGAUGAGGAGGAUGAGGAUGAGGAGGAGGAGGAUGAGGAGCGGGCCGAAGGCGUGGCCGGGCGGUUCCUGGCUCUCGAGCGGGCUCUGUCCGAGCAGCUGCGGGCGCUGCCGCCGCCCGGGCCGCCCGUGGCCCUCGUGUACGCCCCGCUCGAGUACGCGUGGGAGCCGCACCGCGACUUCGUGCGCCGCUACUGCCGCGGCCCCAAGGCCGUGCUGUUCCUCGGCAUGAACCCCGGCCCCUUCGGCAUGGCCCAGACCGGGGUGCCGUUCGGCGAGGCGUGGCACGUUCGGGAGUGGCUGCGGGUUUCGGGCUCGGUGCUGAAGCCCCCCCAGGAGCACCCCAAGCGCCCGGUGCUGGGGCUGCGCUGCCCGCGGGCCGAGGUGAGCGGCGCCCGCUUCUGGGGGCUCAUCCGGAGCCUCUGCCCGGACCCCCGCGCCUUCUUCCGCCACUGCUUCGUGCACAACCUCUGCCCCCUCCUCUUCCUCGCCGCCAGCGGCCGCAACGUCCCCCCCCCGGAGCUGCAGGCCCCGGAGCGGGAGCGGCUGCUCGGGCCGUGCGGGGCGGCGCUGGCGGCCGCCGUGGUGGCCCUGAGGGUGCGGCUCGUGGUGGCCCUGGGCCGGGUGGCCGAGCUGCGGGCGCGCCGGGCGCUGGCGGCCGCCGGGCUGGCCGUGCCCGUGCGGGCCCUGCCGCACCCGUCCCCCCGCAACCCCCGCGCCAACCGCGGCUGGGAGGGAGCGGCCCGGGCCAGGCUGGGCGAGAUCGGGGUGCUGCGGCUGCUGGGGGUGCGGGAGGGAGCGCGGCUAGGCAGCGGGGGGAUGGAGGUUGGGGGGGCUGUGCCUCAGUUUCCCCUCCCGGGAACUGGGGGGAAGGGGGCUGGCGGGUCCCUGUGCCAGUUUGACCAGUUGGGAGCUGGGGAAAAGGGGAUUGAUGGGGCCCUGCCUCAGUUUCCCCAGGCAGGAAAGGAUUUAGGACAUCACUACAGGGCAGAGGAUGAAUCCCUGCCUCAGUUUCCCCAGUUGGGGACUGGGAGGAAGGAGGAUGGUGCGGCCCUGUCCCAGUUUGACCAGCUGGGGACUGGGGGACAGGGGAUUGAUGGCGCCCUGCCUCAGUUUCCCCACUCAGGAGCCGGGGAGCAGGAGGUUGGUGGGUCCCUGCCUCAGUUUCCCCACUCGGGGGGGGGUUUAGGGCUCCUUUAGGGGGUGGGGGAGGGGUUCUG